AUGAGAGGGAGAUGGAGAAAGAGGAGGAUGAGAAGCAAGAGGAAAUGCAGGGGAAAAAGGAGGAAGAGAGGCAGAAGAAGAACUAGAAGAGGAGGAAGAAGACGAAUGAGGGAGGAGAAGGAAAAGGAUGAGAAGAAGGAGCAAGAGGAAAAUCGAUUGGAAAAAGAAGGGAAGAGGAAUAGAUUGAGGAAGGAGGAUUGGCAAGAGGAGAAGGAGAGGGAGAAGGAAGAAAAGCAAGAGGAAAAGUUAGAGAGAAGAGAAGUCACUCGAAAGAUCAAGACUCGUCAAUUUGCUCAGAGGUUUUUUGAGUUGUGUUGGGUUACUGAUUUUGCUGGGUUCGUUGGUUUAUUGGGCUGUCUCGCUGAUGGAGUUGGUUUAUUGGGCUGUCGGUGGUUUAUGUUGGUUGGUGGUUUAUAUGGUGUAGUUGGUUUAGGUGGUUUUUGGCUGUCGGUGGUCUGGUGGCAGGCUGAUUUGGCUGUCGGUGGGUUGGGUUCUGGGUGGUUUGAUUCUUGGUUUAGUUUAGGUGGUUUGUGGCUGUCGUUUAUCGCUGGUGGUUUGUCGGUGGAACUAGUUGGGUUGUUUGUGGAAGCUGUGUUGGUGAAGCUGUGUUGGUGGAGGAUGUCUGUGGGCAGUGGGUUUGUCACUGGGUGCUUGCCGGUGGAGACUGGUUUGGUGUUACUUGUUGAUGGCCGGGUGGUUUCGUCGUGUUGCUUGUUUGGCGGAGGCUAG